UCGAAAAGUAAAGUACAUGGCAUAUAUAUGUUUAUAGAACGGUUUCUUUUUCCGCUAUUUAAUUUUCCAAUCUAACUACUAUUGAAAAGCAUAAAAAAUAAAUAAAUAAAUAAAAUAAAACAGCUUAAGCUUAAGUAAAUACGGCCAGUACGUAAAUAGCCAGCCAGUAUAAAUAAAUGAAGACAAGAAACGUAAUGUAAAAUCUAUGAAAAUGUUGUUCAUGUACAAACAGACAGACAGACAGUUUUUAAAAUAAUCAGUCAGCGCUUUUCAUAAAUCUUAAAAUGCUUCUUCUUGUUUGUUUAUGAGAUGAAUGAAAGCAACGUGUUUCACUUAUUUAUAUUCAUGUAGAGGAGGUAUAGCUGCGGCAUGUAAAAGAAAAUGCGAAUGGGAUUCGUAGCGGGUGAGCAAAACAAUACUUUAAGUGCAGAUUAAAUGAUUUAGUGAAUAACGAAUAAAAACAUAACAAUAAAUAGAAUUGAUUGUUAUAAAAAAAAAAAAAUGGCAGCAAGAAAAUUUAUAAUGAAAGGGAAAUGCAUUUAAGAAGAAAGGCGGUUGAGAGAAGAGUGGGCCCAAUUAGAAUGUUUUGUUAGAUUGACUAUGCAAUUACAGAAAAGUUAAAUAAAUUGUAUAAAGCCCACAACAAUAACAAUAAUAAUGCUGCCUUCAACAACAUCAACAACAUCGCGGGUCAUAAACAAUUAUAAACAGAAUCAUAAAGAACGUUUAGAAGAUUUUAUAGAAAAGAAUAAGAAGCAAACAGAAGAGCAACGUGAGCAGCAGCAGCAGCAGCAGCAGCAGCAACAGCAACAGCAACAGCAAGAGUAUCAGCGCCAACGCGAACAAGUUUUUUAUAAACGGCAUCAAGUUCGCAAUCAUUUUAAAAGAAAAUUCAAUGAAACUUUAACGACAUACGUGAGAACACAAUUAAAGGAUUACACUGCACACUAUAGACUAAAAGCUAAUACCGAUAUAAGCGCAAACACUGCACAAAGCAUUGAUCUCUCAAUCGCUUCAAUGAAUGCGACGACCAACAACAGCCGUAAUUCGCAUUAUAAUGUUAUUAAUGCUGUUGAUGUAACGGAAUAUAUUGAUUCUGUAACGACAAUCAACAACACUUUACAUCGCCACCUGAAUGCGAGUUCAAUGAUAACUAACAAACUUGACAUUAACACGAUUAUCACCAGCGAUACAACAACAACAACAACAAAAACAACAACAACUACAACAUCAACAACAACUACAACAUUUCCGACGGCACAAACUGUAGCCACCAUUAUGGCUGGGAACAAAAAUCGUCCCACUACAAUAAUUAUUUAUCCAACAGUGUCACCUGAAUCGAUCGUGAUACCCAUCAUAUCGUGUAUCUUUGGUUUCCCAAUAUUGGCCUUAAUUGUUAUCUGCUGCUUAAGACAUCGGGCAAAAAUGGCAAGAGAACGUGAUCGCCGUCGUAAUUAUGAGGAUCACGCUGUCAGCCUGGUCAGAUUUAGCCCUAUACAUAGGCUUAAUCAACGAUCAUCACGGGCUGUCAGUUUACGGCCGGAACGCAGUUUAAGUCAAGGUUUCACUUCUUUAGAUUUGGAUACUGUCGUUGAGGAACGCAGCGAUAUUGAACAAACUCAAACGGAGACACUCAAUCCGGAAUCGCCACUUGAGACGACAUCGUACAGAAUAUCUUUCUCGGGUAGCUAGCAAGCGGAGAACG